AUGAGGCUUCACCGCUUCUGGGCUGGUCUCCAGUUCCCAGUCGGUCGCGUUCACCGUCUGCUAAGGAAAGGAAACUAUGCUGAGCGAGUGGGAGCCGGUGCCCCGGUCUAUUUGGCCGCGGUGCUGGAGUAUCUGACGGCUGAGAUCCUGGAGCUUGCCGGAAACGCAGCCCGUGACAACAAGAAGACCCGCAUCAUCCCCCGCCACCUGCAGCUGGCUGUGCGCAACGACGAAGAGCUCAACAAGCUGCUCGGUGGGGUGACCAUCGCCCAGGGAGGCGUUCUGCCCAAUAUCCAGGCCGUGCUGCUGCCCAAGAAGACCGAGAGCCACAAACCGGCCAAGAGCAAGUAA